AUGAAGCAUGAAUAUUUUAAUACACCCUUUCAUGCUGUCAGCAAACGCAGACAUUAUGACCUUGUCUAUGAGCUUCUGCAGCAUGGAGCCGAUCCCAAUGGAAGUAGUAUCUUGCGAUGGGCCAUCUCUGAUGGCCGUGAGGACGUUGCCUACCUUCUAGUGCAACCACAAUACGGAAUCAAUACAUCGGAUCGUGACUUCGAGUGGGCAAUAAUAUUUUCAAUACAACAGAACUAUCACAAAUUGGCCUGGACACUCUUAGACCGACUAAUUGCUCCAAUAUCAGGAUUUUGGUAUUUGCUUUCCGAGGGUCUCUGUGCGGCUUGCCGACUGGGCAUGAUGGAUAUCGUGAAUCGAUUACUUGACAACGGAGGCGACCCAGAUGUGACUAAAGCCUAUGAAGGUGCAAGUCCACAUGUGCCGCCUCUUGUCCAGGCUGCGUGGACUGGCCAGAAAGAGGUCAUGCAUCUUUUAAUUGAGCGUGGAGCAGAUGUCAAGUCCCAUGGGAGCAAAAGCAUAUUCGCAGCAGCAUGGGGUGGUCAAAUAAAUGCCGCAAGGAUACUUAUUGAUGCUGGACUCUCUAACGCACAAAUCGAUGCAUAUGGAUUGCUCACUAGGGCAAUGUGCAGCAUGAAGCCGGAGGCAGCGGAAUUCCUACGCUUUUUUCAAGAGAACGGAUUGAUUGAUAUCCACCACCUUGACGAGGACCCAGUCGAGGCAGAGAAAAACCUUGCUGAAGUAGUGAUAUAUGCUGCCGGGCACGGUCAUGUGGAGUGCCUGCGAAUUUUGCGUGAGUAUGGAGUCGAUCUAGAUGAUGGCUCACUGUACUCACGGUUUGAAUUCCCACCCCCGAUUAUCGUCGCAAAGGCGUGGAGCCAAAACAAGGUGGUAGAAUAUCUGUUGAGCAUCGGAGUCAAGGACAUAAACCCGCUUGAUACCUGCAUAGCAGAUGGUUUCAGGAAUGGCGAGUUUCCUGCUGAGCCCAAGCCAUUAUCGACAUGCCCCUUACCAUAUAAAGCUUGA